AUGUGGGAUCGACGGCAGGAGCGGUUUGAUGCCACUGCUCGGACUUUGUUCAGCAAUGAGACAGAUCUACUUGCUCUGCUUGCAUUCAAAGAUCAAAUAACCAGCGAUCCCUCUGGAGUUCUAAACACAUGGAAUGCCACCACCAAUUUCUGUGGGUGGGAGGGAGUCACGUGCGGCAGGAAGCACCAGCAGAGGGUCAUAGCCUUGGAUCUCAGCUCCCAGGGCUUGGUGGGCUCUCUUACUCCAUCCAUAGGAAAUCUCACUUUCCUCAGAAAAAUCAACCUCCAAAGCAAUAGCUUCUUUGAUAACAUCCCUUCUGAUAUUGGCCAUCUGCACCGGUUGCAGCACCUAAACCUGAGCUUUAAUUCAUUCAGAGGAGGGAUCCCUGUUGAACUGUCCAAUUGUUCCGACCUCAGACGACUUGACCUAAAAAAAAACCCUCUUGCAGGGAGAAUACCGGAUGAGCUCGGAUCACUAACAAAGCUCGAGACUCUACGGCUCGAGGCAAACAACAUCACAGGAGUCAUCCCACCUUGGCUCGGAAAUUUUUCUUCGCUCUCAGUGCUGGACCUAUGGUUAAACUUCUUAGAAGGAAGCAUCCCAGAGGAACUAGGCAACCUUGCAAACCUAGGAUUCUUUCAGGUGUCUGAAAACAUGCUCUCUGGUAUCAUUCCCUUGCGACUCUACAAUUUCUCAAACUUGUAUGUCUUCAACGUGGCUGGCAACCAGCUGCAGGGUAGCCUUCCACCAACCCUGGGCAACACACUUCCUAGACUUUACCAUCUUUGGUUGGGUGGUAACCAGUUUGAAGGACCCAUUCCAGCUUCAUUAGGCAAUGCCACCAGCAUUGUACACAUUGAUAUCAGUCAAAACAAUUUUAGUGGACAGGUGCCUUCAAAUUUGGGAAGAUUGCAAGGUCUUUACCAUCUCAAUCUUGGUACGAACCAGCUUGAAGCAAGUGAUGCUAACGGGUGGGCUUUUCUCGACUCUUUAACCAACUGCAGUAUUUUACAGUUAUUGGCACUAGAUGACAACCUGCUUGGUGGUAUAUUGCCAAAAUCAAUCACCAACCUAUCCAUAGAACUCCAGUUUCUGGGAAUGGGAUCUAACCAUAUAUUAGGGAACAUUCCCUCUGGAAUGGAAAACCUGUUCAAUUUGUAUGCAUUGGCGUUUAGUGAUAAUCUACUCACUGGUAAUAUCCCAGAAGAUAUCGGAAAACUUCAGAUGCUGCAGGUUCUUUCCUUGGGUGGCAACACGUUAACAGGGACCCUUCUAUCCUCCCUUGGCAACCUCACCCAGUUGAAUGGACUCUACUUAGGCAGUAAUGCCUUUGAAGGACCAAUACCUUCAAGUCUGGGAAAUCUCCAACAUUUAGCAGAUCUGGACCUAUCCAACAACAGUCUUAGUGGUAGCAUCCCAAAAGAGAUAUUCAACCUUUCUUUCCUGUCAAAUUCCAUGGAUUUUUCUGACAACUAUUUGAUUGGAGAACUACCAUUGGAUGUUGGCAGCAUGACAAAUCUCAGAGGAUUAUAUCUUUCUGGAAACAGGUUGUCGGGUGAGAUACCUGGCACACUUGGCAAUUGUGAGGUCUUGGGAAACCUCUUCAUUGACAAUAAUUUCCUCCAGGGGACCAUUCCUCCAUCUUUGAGUGACAUAAAAGCACUUCAAAAUCUCGAUCUCUCGCACAAUAACCUGUCAGGGCCCGUACCUAAAGUGCUAGAAGACUUGCACAUUUUGGCGUAUCUCAAUCUGUCUUUCAACCAUCUGGACGGUGCAGUUCCGACAAAGGGAAUCUUCAACAAUGCAACUGCUAUCUCGCUACUUGGCAAUGAUGGGCUCUGUGGAGGUAUACCAGAACUUCACUUGCCUCCAUGUCCCAGAAAAUCAUCAGAAAAGAGGGGAAGGGAAUUGGCUGAGGCAACAGAUGGGUUCUCAUCCAUCAAUCAUGUUGGCACAGGAAGAUAUGGUUCCGUGUAUAAAGGGUCUCUGCUUCGUGGCAAUGCAGUUGUUGCGGUGAAGGUUUUUAACCUGCAACAAUUAGGAGCCAUCAAGAGUUUCGUAGCUGAAUGUGAUGCUUUAAGAAUCAUCCGACAUCGUAAUCUAGUCAAGAUCAUAACAGUGUGCUCCGGUGUUGAUUUUAGAGGUUAUGAUUUCAGAGCUCUGGUUUUUGAAUUCAUGCCUAAUGGGAGUUUAGAGGAAUGGCUGCACCCAAGAAUCAGUGAGCACAGAAUGACGAACAGCUUAAAUUUACUUCAGAGGUUAAACAUAGCCCUUGAUGUUGCUGAAGCAAUGGCCUAUCUUCAUCAUAACUGUCAACCACCAGUUGUUCACUGUGAUCUGAAGCCUGGUAAUGUUCUUCUUGAUGCUGACAUGGUUGCUCAUGUAGGGGAUUUUGGGUUGGCAAAAAUCCUUUGUGAAGCUAUGAGCAUGUCUUUGCAAAAUUCAGCAAACUCAACAGACGUCAUAAGGGGAACCAUUGGGUAUGUUGCUCCAGAGUAUGGGGCAGGGGGACAGGUCUCUACAUCAGGUGAUGUUUAUAGCUAUGGAAUCCUUCUUUUGGAGAUUCUUACAGAAAAGAGACCAGUUGAUGAUGCAUUUGACAAUGGAUUGACCCUUGAUAGUUUUGUUAAGAUGGCAUUUCCUGAGAGGAUCGAGGAAAUCAUUGAUCCAUUGUUGCUGAUCCAUGAUGAUGAUGAUGAUCCGAGAGGAAGCACAACUAGGCGACUUCACCAAUGCUUAGAAUCUGUGACAAGAGUCGGCCUCAUAUGCUCAACAUCAUCACCAGGUGAACGAAUGAACAUGAAAGACGUGGCCACUGAAAUGCAUGCAAUUAGAAACGCCUAUUUAGGGGGUAGAUACUGAUGGAAAGAGAAGGCAAGGACCACAUCUUGUGGGCUACACCAACCUUUGGCUCAAUAUUUAUUAUGCUAGUAGGAUCAAACUUGUCAUGACAUGUCACAGGUUUAAUUGGAUAUCACAAAUUUAAUUGUAUUAAAUAUCAUGAUGCAUAAGAAUUUUAUUAAGUUGUUGGAAAGGAAAGAUAACUUUUAUUGAUCUCAGAUGAAAACA